UGUUUUUAAUUGAGAUACAGUUUACAUGUAGCAAAAGUGCUCAUAUCUUAAGUAUGAAGUCCAGUGAGUUUUGAUAAACAGAUACAUCUGUGUAAGGAACACUCCAGUCAGGCUCUAGAACAUUUCUGUCACCUCCGAAAGUUCCCUUUUGCCCCUUUCCAGUCAGUCUACCCCCUUACCUUGAGGCAAGCACUGCUCUGAUUUCUCUCACCACAGCUUACUUUCGUCUGUUUUAGAGUUGCGUAUAAGUGGGAUCACACAGUAUAGAUUCUUUGAUGCCUGAUUUCUUCACUCGGAUCAAAGAUAAACACAGCUAGACAUUAGAGUGGUGAAUGGACUUUAUUCAGUAACUGCUGGCAGUAGGGGAAAGAGCUGAGCUCCCUUUGGAUCUGUGCAGAGGUGAUUGGGCCUAUUAAAGGGAAAAUGAGGGGUGAGGGGAGAGCAGGGGCUUAGCAGACACUGAGAAGUGAAAAAUCACAAAGGUUGGUCAGUAGAAAUUCGUUUAAGCCCUCAGUGUUUGCUGGCUGGCAGUUAUCAAGGUCAGGAUUCUAUCCUCCCACAGGGACCGGGAGUCCUUCCUGAUGAUUACAUUUCAAAGGAAUGGCCUCCAGUCCUUGAGAAAGACACUUUGAGUUGUAAGAGAUAAAUAUUCACAAUUGUAAGCCCUUUUUAGUAAAUGCGCUAAGAAAGGGAGGUCAAGGGCUUAUUGUCAGGCUGGAAAGAACAGUAAAUUCUCACUCAGUGUAGAGCUUUCUCAGGCAGGCAUUAUAAUGGUGGGGCUGGGGUGAUGCUAGGAACACAGCCUCAAGCUGUUGGAAGCCACGCUAAAGUUUGGUCAGGUCUCUUAGUCCAGGGGGUUUGAAUGGCGUUGUUCUGUGCUGAGAGUUCUGCAAUUUUCACUUAACAUUUUUAAAGACACAUGUUAAUGAACGUAUCAGUAGUUCAUGCUGCUUUAUUGCUGAGUGGUGUUGCAUUGUAUUCCUCAGUGUGUUUAUCCAUUUUCUGACAGACAUUGGAUUUUUUAUUUGGGGGAAUAAAAUUGCUGUGAACAUUCUGAUAUUUCCACAUACUUUGUGGCCACAUACUUUCAUUUCUCUAGGGUUAAUACCUGUCAUUUUCUUUAUCUUGUUUGUCAUCUCUAUUAGUCAUGGAGCCCCUUUGUGAUUAAAAUGUAUUGGAUCCUUGAUAAUAUUUUUGAGUAAAUUAGAGAUAAGUUUGAAUCUUGAAUGCCACCAGAAGAUGUGUUAAAAUGUAAAGUGCACUAACCUGGGAGUGAGAAAAUCUCAAUUCUAGUCCCAACUCUGCUUCUAAUCAGCAGUGUAGUCCUAAACAAGUCACAUAGUCUCUGGAUUUCAGGUUUCUUCUUGUAAGUGAAGGAAUUCUAUUAAAUGAUCUCUAAGACUUCUUUCCAGCCUGAAUAUUCUAUGAUCCUAAGUAGAAAGAAUUGAUAGAAGUCAUACUAAGAGUGAAGAGUAGACUCUGAAAUGUUGAGAUAACAGAUCAAGGGGGACCUUGCUGUUCCUGGCAGCUGUUACUUCCUGGUGUUCCCGUGAGAGUAUCAGGAAAAAGCUUGUAAUAUAUAUUGUAGAGUUUACUUUCCAAAACUAUUUUAUUGGCCAAGGAUAUCAUUGAGGAGUCCUUCAAAUGCAAGAAACCAAGAAAUGAAAAAACUUGGCUUAUGUUAAAAAUAAAAACCUGUUUUGUCUGGGAGUUGGCUAGCUGUUCGUGAAAAGAUUUGGAUCAUACAGCGGAUGUCCAUUUUCUCUCUUGCAGCAAUUACAUUACACAGGGCAUGAAUGCAUUUCUUUAGGUUACAUGCAUGGGGAGAUACUCUGGAGGAAGCAUUUGAGCAGUGUGCGAUGGCCAUGUUUGGUUACAUGACAGAUACGGGGACCGUCGAGCCCCUCCAAACAGUAGAAGUGGAAACUCAAGGAGAUGACUUACAGUCUCUUUUAUUUCACUUUUUGGAUGAGUGGCUUUAUAAAUUCAGCGCUGAUGAAUUCUUCAUACCCCGGGAAGUGAAAGUGCUUAAUAUUGAUCAAAGAAAUUUCAAAUUACGGUCAAUUGGGUGGGGAGAAGAAUUCUCAUUGUCCAAGCACCCUCAGGGAACUGAAGUCAAAGCAAUAACAUAUUCAGCAAUGCAGGUCUAUAAUGAAGAGAAGCCGGAAGUUUUUGUGAUAAUUGACAUUUAAGAUACCAAAAAAAAGAGAGAGACUCCUAUGAAGAACUGUUUUUUGUUUUUGUUUUUGUUUUUUUGAGAAGAUACCAUGAUACCAUGACAUAAAUUCUACCAUAUCUGUUAGUAUAUGGAGAUCUGCAGAACAGAACUUUUUAACUUGAAGUGUGACUUUCAGAAAUGGAAAAUCAAGGAACAGCCUUGGUCUGUGUUACCCAAGUAAUCAAAUUUUAAAGGAUUCUUCAGGUGACAAAUACGGUUCCUCAUUUAUUAAUUCCUUGGAUAGCAGCAGGUGCCUUACAACCUGCCAGUAGAAUGCAAGCCAUCCAGCGUGGUCCCAGAAAGGUUCAUUGAUGUAAGGGCAACCUGUGUUCUUAUCUGUGCAGUUUAAAAAGUAAUUUGAGAACUCCUACAACCAGUCUUUUGCUUUUCAUCCAAAUUGGUUGAGACAUAUUUUCUAUGUAUAUUAAAAGAGGUUGUGUUUUACAUUGCUGUGGGACAGAGCCAUCCUGUAUUCCAGCUGAUUUUCUUAGAUGAAGUAAUUAUAGUUGAACAAUGAAAAGACUUCUCUAGAAAGAGCCCUAA